UCGAAAGUGAAGCAAACUUAAAAUCGAAAAAAUAUCAACAUGCGGUUUCUACAUGUUUUUUAUCAACUAGCUUUUCUGCUCACAAUAUUAAUUGAACUAUCGAUUGCACUGAGAGAUGUGCGAGUGCGAGUGCCACAUGCAGUGAGGCGUGGCGAGAAGGCUGUGCUCAAAUGCUUCUAUGACAUCGAGGACGACAGCCUCUACUCAGUCAAAUGGUAUAAGGGACGCAGAGAGUUCUACAGAUAUACGCCCAAAGAAACACCACCGAUGAAAGUGUUUCAUUUUCCAGGUGUUAAAGUGAGGCGCACUUCGUCGAACGAGAGCCAAGUGGUGCUCGACGCAGUAACAAUGUCCACAUCCGGUAAAUACAGUUGCGAAGUAUCUGCGGAUGCGCCCUCAUUUCAUACAUUAAUAGCGGCCGCCGAAUUGGAAGUUAUUGAGACGCCGCACAAUGCGCCAUUCAUAACCGGGAUCCGGCCGCGAUAUCGGGUCGGCGACAUAUUGCGUGGCAAUUGCACAUCGCGGCACUCUCGGCCGGCGGCCAAUCUCACAUGGACGGUGAAUAAUGAAGAGGUAAAUCCCUCGCACGUGCGACAUCAUAAAAUACUUCGUGAUACACGCAACGAGAUGGAGACUUCAAUCGUGGGCAUACACUUCGUGGUGACCGAUCAGCACUUUGAGAAUGGCAAACUGAAGCUACGCUGCAGUGCACAGCUGCACGAUGUGUACUGGAAGACGACGGAGAAGACCAUUUUGGAGGCGGAUCCAUUUGGCAAAUAUGGCGGCAACGGUGCCAGCGGGAAUCGCGUGAGUGCCGAUGAGAUAUAUGACCAGUAUACGCUGCACGAGGACGAGCAGUUCCACAGCAAGAAGAACAGCUACCUGACCCAGCUGCAGGACUUUCUCUUUCAUUUUGUACCCUCAGGCGAAGAAGAUGACGGAGCGGAUGGUUUAGAGGAUGGCGGCGCCGCUUGGCGAGGCGUUAGCUCCUCCUCCAGCUCAACGGCGUCGCUGGCGCCGACGGCCAUGGCUGCCACGUUGCUGGCGCUGCUCAGCUGGUCGCUGGCCAGGCAAUUAGUGUCGCAGCUGGCGCCGAUUACAAAGCACAGGCACAUGCGGGCGCAGCAGGACCUACAGUGGAGCAAAGGCCUGCGGGCGCAUAGCUGCACGGACAGCAGCAGCAACAGCAGCAGCAGCAACAACAAAGGAUGCAGCAAAGGAUGCAGCAGAUGCAUCAGGCAAUUAACAUGAUUCAAUUGUCACGCAACUCUUGUGCCACACUUCAGGGAGGAACAGCGGAAGGAGACAAUGCAACGGCAGCAGCAGCGGCAGCAACUGGCAGCAGGCAGCAAAGUAGGCUUCAGCCCUAGGCAACAGCAAGCAACUGCUAAAUGUAUCUAAAAUAUUUAAUCCUCAACACAAACAGACAACAGUUUCAGCUAGCUCAAAAAAGUCAUUUCGAAGGCAUUUAAAACACAAAAAAGAAAUAAAAAAUUCUUUGGCAAGAAGAAGAAACUAGAGCCUAUCGCUAGGUUUCCUUAAAUACAAACUGAAUUACUUUGUUUGCCGAGCCGAGCCAAUAAAACGGAACCACUUGCGAACUGGUUCACUCUUUUUGAUUUAGACACUAUGAAAACCAAAUAUACGAAAA